AUGAAGUUGUUUAUUCUAGCUGUUCUAGUGAGUGCGGUCACGCUAGACGCAAGCCCGCUUUUCGGCCUGCCAAACCCGUUUGGAGUAGCCAAUGCGAUUAACACUGGUUUCCAAGUCGGACAAAAAGUCAUCGGAACUGGUGUUGGUUUGGGACUUGGCGCGGCCAACCGUGUUGGCGCGGGUAUAGCCGGUGCUCUAGGUGGCGGUCUAGGCUUAGGUGGCGCUGCAAGAGGCAGUGGUUACAUCAAAACCGGAAAGUUUGCCGGAAAGAAUUUCAACGAAGGUGCUAGUGGAGCUGCUGGUCGGUCAGAGCAUAAUGUUGGCGGCAGCAGCUUCCACAACGUUGGACAACAUCACACUAAAGUGACAAAGAAAGCGAGGGAAGCCAUGAUAUCGGGGGCUCCAGUUUUCCACAACCAAGGAGCUCAAGCAAACAGCGGAUAUAACGCGAACCGGAAUGGCGCGUCAGCUGUUGGUAACACCUUAAAUGAGGCUGGACAAGGCAGUAACAUUGGCUUAGGUGGACUGGGUGAAGCAGCGUCUCAAGGAAGCGGGUACCUAAAUUCUGGAAACUUUGGCGGCCAAAACGCAGGCGCUAGUGCCAGCGGCGUCGCCGGCCAGUCGGCUCAUAAUGUUGGGGGUGGAGAAUUCCACAAUGUUGGUCAACACCAUACCAAAGUAACCACGGUUACCCAAAGCGAAGACGAAGGAAGCCACAAUGUAGGCGGCUCUAGUUUCCACAACGCGGGUGCCCAAGCCCAUCGGCAAUUCAACAGAGGCCAGAACGCUGCUUCGGCUAUUGGUAACACUCUAAAUGAAGGUGCAGAAGGCAGCCAGAUCGUUGGAAACGGUGAAGGUGUUGAUGUGCCAUUGGCAGAAGAAGCAGAUGAAGUAGGCGUUGGUGGUGGUUUAGAUGGUUCUGCCAGCAUAGGGGCUGGAGCGUCCGGUGCUAUCGGGGGAGGAAUCGGUGGAUCAUUGAGCGUUGGAGGCGGCGCGUCUGGAGCGUUUGAUGGUGCGGGCGCUAUUGGUGCUGGAUUAGCAGGAAGUGCUGCAGCUGCUGGUGCGGGCGCUAUUGGAGCUGGAAUAGCAGGUGCCGCAACUUUAGGCGCUGCUGCCGGUGCUAUGGGAGCUGGAAUAGCCGGUGGUGCCGCUCUAGGAGCCGGGGCAGCCGCUGCAGGUGCAGGGGCUGUUGGAGCCGGAUUAGCUGGAGCUGCAGCUCUAGGAGCUGGCGCCGCAGGCGCUGUCGGAGCGGGAAUCGCUGGUGGUGCGGCUCUAGGAGCCGGUGCAGCUGCUGCCGGUGCAGGGGCUAUUGGAGCCGGGUUAGCUGGAGCUGCAGCGCUAGGAGCAGGCGCCACGGGCGCUGUCGGAGCAGGAAUUGCUGGUGGUGGAGCUGCAGCCUUAGGAGCUGGUGCCGCCGACGCUGUCGGAGCAGGAAUCGCUGGUGGGGCAGCUGUAGGAGCUGGCGCCGCAGGCGCUGUCGGAGCUGGAAUUGCCAGUGGUGCAUCGUUAGAAGGAUCAGGUGCUUUUGGCGCAGGAGUAACUGGUGCUGGUAGCCUUGGCGCUGGCUUAGCUACUGCCGGAGAAAUCGAUGGAUCGAUGGGCAUAGGUGGAGACCUAUCUGGUGCCGCCGGUGUAGGUGCAGAUAUUUCGGGUUCUGGUGGUAUUGGAGCUAGCUUAGGUGGUGCCGGAGAAAUUGGUGGAUCAAUGAGUGUAGGGGGGGAUGCAUCUGCAACUGGAGGAUUUGGUGGUGAAGGCGAAAUCAAUGCUGGAGCAGGAUUAGCCGGAGCUGCGGCUCUAGAUGCUGGGGCAGCUGGCGCUGUUGGAGCUGGAAUAGUUGGUGGAGCCGGUGCAGCCGCUGCUGGUGCAGGAGCUGUUGGUGCUGGAUUAGCUGGAGCAGCAGCACUUGGAGCUGGAGCCGCUGGUGCAAUUGGAGCUGGAAUAGCUGGAGGUGCCGCUUUAGGGGCAGGUGCUGCUGCUGCUGGUGCGGAGGCGAUCGGAGCGGGUAUAGCUGGAGGUGCCGCUUUAGGGGCAAGUGCUGCUGCUGCUGGUGCAGUAGGAGCCGGGAUAGCUGGCGGUGCAGCUUUAGGUGCUGACGCUGCUGCUGCUGGUGCGGGUGCAAUUGGAGCUGGAAUAGCUGGAGGUGCCGCUUUAGGGGCAGGUGCUGCUGCUGCUGCUGGUGCGGGUGCUGUUGGAGCUGGAUUAGCUGGAGCAGCAGCAUUAGGAGCCGGAGCCGCAGGUGCAGUCGGAGCCGGGAUAGCUGGCGGUGCAGCUUUAGGUGCCGACGCUGCUGCUGCUGGUGCGGGUGCAAUCGGAGCGGGUAUAGCUGGAGCCGCACAUGCAUUUGGGGCUGGAUUAGCUGAAGGUGCUGCCCUAGGAGCUGGAGCGGCCGGUUCUAUUGGCGGAGCUUUGUCGGGUCGUGGCUCAGUGGGAGGCGGAUUCGGAUUUUCGGGUGGGGCGUCCGCGGGGGGGUAA